AUGGAUAUUGGGAAAAGCAAUAACAAGAAGAAAAAGUUUCUUGGUGUAAGGCAAAGGACUUCAGGGAGAUGGGUGGCUGAAAUAAAAGUUUCGUCUCAAAAGCUCCGAUUAUGGCUGGGGACCUUCAACAGACCAGAGGAGGCUGCCAUGGCUUAUGACUUAGCGGCGAGGAUAUUAAGAGGUAAUAAUGCAAAGACUAAUUUCGCUUCGAUGGGUGAAAGCAAUAAUUAUCAGGUUUCAUUGAGGAAUUCUAGGCUUCAUCAGCUUAUGCAGCAUGAGGAGCUGAGUUCAUGUGUUCAUGAAACGCUGGUGUGUUCUGAUCAUGGAAAGAAGAGAGAAGAGGUUUCGGGGGUUUCAUCGGGUGGGAGUAGGGUUUACUCCUCUGUUGUGGUUGUUCCUUCUUUUGAGUUUGAAGGUUAG